CUUAUACUUCUAGCAAAUGUUUAGCAACAAGUUAUCCAAAGAUACCUCCCUAUAUAUUCUCUACAUGCAAGCAACAAAAAAGUUUCUUGCAACACUAAGCCAACAACAAAAUUAGCCAGCUAGCCAGGUUUCAUUUACAUGUCCCUUGGAUAAAAAUCGUUUUCUUCCUCUUCUUGAGAAAGCUUUAGGUUUUCAAUUUUCAUACACUUUCUAAAUCCAUCUUUCAUGUGAUCGUUUGACUAAAGGAAAUAAGUGGUGCAAAAGAGAAGUUUUUUUUCCUUGUUUAAUUUACAAGUUUCAAGGUCUAGGGUUUUCUUUGAACUAGUCAAAUUUCUCGAAGUGUUUCUAGUUAAGGAGGAGGUGAAAAAAAGAUAAAUGGAAGAGAAUAUUGAUCUACCACCAGGGUUUCGUUUUCAUCCAAGUGAUGAAGAGCUUAUAACAUAUUAUCUUGUGAACAAGAUUUCUGAUUCUACUAAUUUUACUGCAAGGGCUAUUGGAGAUGUCGAUCUUAACAAAUCUGAGCCCUGGGAUCUUCCAGGGAAGGCGAAAAUGGGAGAGAAAGAGUGGUACUUCUUCAGCCUACGUGAUAGGAAGUACCCAACAGGAGUGAGAACAAAUAGAGCAACAAAUACUGGAUAUUGGAAAACCACUGGCAAAGAUAAGGAGAUCUUCAACAGCUCAACUUCUGAAUUGGUUGGUAUGAAGAAAACAUUGGUAUUUUAUAGAGGAAGAGCUCCCAGAGGAGAGAAAACAAAUUGGGUAAUGCAUGAAUAUAGGAUUCACUCCAAAUCUUCCUAUAGAACACACAAGCAAGAUGAAUGGGUGGUUUGCCGCGUAUUCCAGAAGAGUACAGGAGGGAAAAAAUACCCUCCUAACAACUCUUCAAGAACAACAGUUCGUGUGAACCCCUACAGUACACUAGAGAUCAACCCCUCACAAAUGAUGCAAGCUGAACAUAAUGGCUUUCAAUUAGCCAUGGGAAGAUCAGGUGGUUACAUGAUGAACCAUCCAGAAAUUCAAGAAUUCAAUAGGGUUUUUCGAGGUGGCGGUUCGUCGUCUUCGUCUAACAUGAUGAGCUUGCAGCCAAUUCUACAAUCGCAAAUGAACUAUAAUUUAGCUGGAAGUAGUAGUGGUGGAGGAGGAGGUAAUUGUUUUACUAUUUCAGGCUUGAAUUUAAAUCUAGGUGGUGGUGCCACUGGUUCUCAGUCAAUGCCAGUGCCACAGCCACAAGUUAUGAACCAACAAGAUAUGGGCUCUUCUUCUCAUGUGCUGAUGACAAAUGAUCAGGCUGGUUAUGGUGCAGAUAUGAAUAGUGGAAAUGCCAUGAAUAGAUUCAUGGCUAUGGAGAAUUGCGCUGAUUUAGAGAAUUAUUGGCCUACUUAUUGAUCUAUACAAUACUCCAUAAUAAGGACUUCUAGACUAUAUAUGUGGUUCAAAUCCUCCAAAAGAAUUAAGCUAUAGCACCCCGUGUCACAUCCUCCAGGGAAACAGUGCAAUUAUUUUUGACCAGUUCUGUAUAAAAUAAUUUGUAGUUUGGCGAUAGUGAUAGAUCUAUUAUGGUACGGUUUUUCAUU